AGGAAGCACAGUUACUCAUGAUUAUUCAUUUCGCGAUAAAUGUGUAGCUACGUUUUUCCAACUCGGCCAGAAGGUGCACGGGCAGGAGGACUUCAAAUUCAGUCAGCGAAUUCGGGCCGAAGUGCUACUGAGCGAAGGAAAACGUGACCUCCGUCUACCGACCCCCGUCUGCAAUGUUGACUUAAACGCUCUACACCAGGAAGCAGAGCUCAUACAGUGCAGGAACACAGGAACACGGAAAACUGAGCCGAGUCGCACUUUAUUCUCCCUUUUUUGGGAGGUGGGGAGGGGGGAGAGUGCGAUAGCACUGUACUAGCUAACAAAAUAAUCUGCAGUUUCCUAUGUCUGCCUCUUUCCUCUCGCUGCUCUCCCUGGUAGCUAGCUGAUCCCUGGACUCAAUCAAUGGAAUCGUGAAUUAUGGCUGCGAAAGAGGAUCUUUAUACCAAAGUCACCCCACGGAGGCAGCGACUGAACCGGCCUGGCACUGUCAAACAUGGAUCCAAUUUGGACGUGCUUCUCUCCAUGGGUUUUCCCAAAACCAGGGCGCUGAAGGCACUGGUGUCCACAGGAGGCAGGAGUGUACAGGCUGCGUGUGACUGGCUGUUCUCCCAUGUGGACGACCCCUUCCUGGACGACCCCUUGCCUAGGGAAUAUGUGCUGUACCUGCGUCCCAGCGGCCCCUUGCUGCACCAGCUCUCCCACUUCUGGCAGCAGUCUCGCGCCACCUGUGGAAAGAACAAGGCCCACAACAUCUUCCCCCACAUCACCCUCUGCCAGUUCUUCAUGUGUGCAGACAAUAAGGUGGAGGCCCUGUGUGAGGCGCUGCAGUCCACAGUGAGUCAGUGGAGAGGCCGGUUCCCCAGCCCCCUCCCCCUGGAGCUCUACAUCUCCUCCAACUUCAUCGGGCUUUUCGUGGAGGAGCAGGUGGCCGAGGUGCUCAAGGCCUUUGCAGCCGACUUCUCCACAGAGGCUGCCACCAAAGCAGAUGUUCACGUGGAACCCCAUAAGAAACAGCUCCAUGUGACUCUUGCCUACCACUUCCAACCCGAUCACCUGCCUUCACUAGAAAAACUGGCCAAGAGCAUUGACGUCUCAAUGGGCUGUGAUUGGCUGGCUGUGCUGUUCUCCCGGGACAUCCGAUUUGCCAAUCAUGAGACGCUGCGGGUGAUGUACCCCUACGCCCCCCAGAACGAGGACGAGCUGGAGCUGGUUCCAGGGGACUUCAUCUUCAUGUCGCCGGUGGAGCAGAACAGCACCAGCGAGGGCUGGGUGUACGGGACCUCCCUCAGCACAGGGCUGUCCGGCCUGCUGCCCGAGAACUACAUCAGCCGGGCCGACGAGAGCGACACCUGGGUCUUCCACGGGUCCCACUCCUUCCUCAGUUGUGCCUCCCCCUCAGGUACAGGGGGCGCAGUGGGUGGGGUGUGUGACGGGCUGCUGGACGGCCGUUUCCUUGACGACCGGAGCCCCGGGGACCCGCCCACCCUCAGUGUAAUUUGCCAGCCUAUGCAGGUACUACGGGUCAACAGCCAGUCACGGCUGCCCAAGCGUAGCCUGUUUGUCUGUCGCCAUGGUGAGAGGAUGGACGUGGUGUUUGGAAAACACUGGCUGUCACAGUGCUUCGAUGCCAAAGGUCGAUAUGUGCGCACCAACCUCAACAUGCCGUCGAGCCUGCCUGUCCGCAGUGGGGGGUAUCGGGACUAUGACAAGGACGGCCCCAUCACCGUGUUUGGAUCCACACAGGCACGACUCGUGGGAGAAGCCCUGCUGGAGAGCAACACAACCAUUGACUUUGUGUACUGCUCACCCUCCCUGCGCUGUGUGCAAACUGCUCACAACAUCCUCAAAGGACUCCAGCAGGAUGGCAAGAUUAAGAUCAGGGUGGAGCCGGGGCUGUUUGAGUGGACCAAGUGGGUCUCGGGCACCUCGCUGCCUGCCUGGAUCCCGCCCACUGACCUGGCUGCUGCCAACCUGAGUGUGGACACAACAUACAGACCUCAUUUACCUGUUAGCAAGCUGGGAGUAUCAGAGUCUUAUGAUACUUACAUGAGCCGGAGCUUUCAGGUGACCAGGGAGAUUCUGUCUGACUGUAAAAACAUGGGUAACAAUGUGCUCAUUGUGGCCCACGCGUCCUCCCUGGAGGCCUGUACGAGGCAGAUGCAGGGCCUCAACCCUCAGAACUCCAAGGACUUUGUACAAGUGGUCAGAAAGAUCCCCUACCUUGGUUUCUGCGCGUGUGAGGAGCAGGGCGACACGGGGGUGUGGCAGCUGGUGGACCCGCCCAUCCUGCCGCUGACGCACGGCCCCAACCACAGCUUCAACUGGAGAGAGACCCUGCUGCAGGACUGAGCCGCCGCCCGCUCCGAGACCCCGCCCACCUCAGCCGCCCAGCAGCUGCCCAUAGAUGGUUGCAAACCACGCCACAUGUAACCCCCCAAAAAAACUCCUGUUGUUUGCAUGUAAUCACUGUUGAAUCUGACUUAAAAAAAGCCUAAAAGUAUAUAUGGAAACAUUGAUAUAUGUGUCUAUGCGUAUGCACACUUAUGCUAAUCUGGAUGUACAUAUAUACGGAACAGAAAUGAGAGAGGCUUGGAGGGCAUUAUAGGACUGUGUCUCUCUCUGCUAACAGAACAUAGGGCUUCUGGGUGCACCAAGGAUGCAGAGGCCUGAGCCAUAUACUGUCGGUUGGUUGGUCGUUAGUGCGGCUGUCGCGCGGUCAUUUAUGCUGAUCUGAGGGGCAGGUGUAGUCCAUUGCACGGUGAGGGAAACCUGUUUGGCGAGCUCUAUCUGGCUGGUGGCUCGAUCGAUGGCGUUAUGUGGGUUACGAGGCCGGUGUAGUCUUCAGGAGCCCGGCGAUGCAGCGCGGGCCCUGGGGGAAGACUCGGCCUUCCCGUCCCGGCCUGGAGAAAGUGCUGCUCUCCGCAUUCCUCUUCCAACGCACACGCAUGCCGCUCGGGCAUCACUGCAACUCCGCCACACCUUCCAGCCACCCUCACAGACUCUCCCUCUCUCUCCUCUGUCGUUCCCCCCACUGAAAAGAAAAACGACAUGCUGACGCGCACCGCUGUUCACUGCCGUGAAACCGAACAUCUGUUCCUCCUUAGACACACACACACCCUACAGCGAUUGGAAUAAAGCUGAAUAAAAAGCACAAAGUUGACUCUUGACAAUCGAUCAAGUUUGCAACAAGGCUUUUUUUUUUUUUGGCCAUUACUCACCAUUAGCUCAGUGGUAGAGUGCAUGUGU